CCCUCUGGUUCCCUGGAAGGCCCUGGCACCUGCCACGUGUGGCUGUGCGGACCUUGGGGUCCGCCAUGCAGCUGGGGGUGCAGUCUGCUGCCUGGGCCUACGGGGAUAUCGGGGACAGCUGCUGUUGUGGCUCAGCACCCCCCAUAGUCACCAGGGUGGUCAUUGCUCCUCACCCCCAGAUGCUGGCCUGAGCCUCACUCCCAAGGGCCAGAUGGAGGCCUCUCUGGACCUACUUGGCGGCCCAGCACCUCGGACCUGGGGAGAGCCUGGUCCCCCAGCCUGGGCUGGGGCGUGCCCACUCACACGUGUCAGGUCAGGUCCCCGGCCCCACAGCACGUUGGGCUGGUCACGGGGCCAGUCCCGACGGCCCUGUCCUGUCUCCCCAGUGAGUGGCCGCAUAAGGCUGGCUGUAUUGCCUGAGGACGGGCUGCAGAUGAAAUGGAAGGGGUAGGAGGGGAACAGCCUCAGAUACCUGGCACAGGUCACCCCCACCCCAGGGGACUCGGAGCAGGAGGUGAGGCUGACCCCCAAGACCCCCAAGGCCACAGUGGGGGGCCUGAGCCCCUCCAGGGGACACUCCAUGCAGAUCUUCGAGCUCACUGGUUCUGGGAAUGUCCUGCUGGCUCCGAGGGGGUUUGUGAUUGAAGAUCUGAACAGUAACACUGUGAGCAGGAGGCCACUGGGGUCAGCCCUGGAGCCCACCUCCUCCCCUGCAGGGAGCCCAGACCCUGAGCCCCGAGUCACCCUGGCCCCAAGACAAGAUCCCCCCACUCCUGGUAGGCUAAAGUGGCGUGGGGCCAGCCCCCCAUUCCACUGCACGCCCUCCACACCCAUGGACAUCAUCUUCCUGGUUGAUGGGUCCUGGAGUAUCAGCCACAGUCACUUCCAGCAGGUCAAAGACUUCCUGGUCAGCAUCACUGAGCCCUUUGAAAUAGGGCGGGAUUAAGUCCAAGUAGGCCUGACUCAGUGCAGUGGAGAUCCCCAAACCGAGUGGGACCUCAACACCUUUGGCACCAAGGACGAAGUGCUGGCCACAGUCCACAUUCUCCGCUACAGAGGGGGAAACACAGUCACAGGCCUGGCCCUGCUGGAGCAGAACCUGAAGUCUGCCACCAGUUCCUAUCCAGAGGCGGCCAAGGUGGUGGUCCUAGUGACAGAUGGCAAGUCCCAGGACGAUGUCCGUGCUGCCGGCUGCAUCCUCAGGGACCUAGGUGUUGAUGUCUUUGCUGUGGGUGAGCAGUGCCAGGCCCUCUGCUCAGGCUCUCACAGCAGGGUGGGUCCCCCGAUCACAGGUGUGAGUUUGCACCCAGCCUCAGCUGCACCAGAGGUCGCAUGGUAUCUGCAGUGGAGCGCUCAGAGGAGCGGGGUGUGCAGGGGCGUUCAGAGGGGCCACACGGUGUGUGGGACAGAUCUGCCAGUCUGCAGCCAUGUGUGGCCAUCUCCCCUGUGCAUGGCAACCACUCACACCCCAUUCCAGUGUUUGACACCGGAGGGUGACCAAGUGCUUCUGACGUCUGAUGCAGGGGACUCGGAGCAGGAGGUGAGGCUGACCCCCAAGACCCCCAAGGCCACAGUGGGGGGCCUGAGCCCCUCCAGGGGACACUCCAUGCAGAUCUUCGAGCUCACUGGUUCUGGGAAUGUCCUGCUGGCUCCGAGGGGGUUUGUGAUUGAAGAUCUGAACAGUAACACUGUGAGCAGGAGGCCACUGGGGUCAGCCCUGGAGCCCACCUCCUCCCCUGCAGGGAGCCCAGACCCUGAGCCCCGAGUCACCCUGGCCCCAAGACAAGAUCCCCCCACUCCUGCCCCAGGGGGGGAGAUCCUGGGUGCUGAGCCUGGUCGGCAGCAGCUCAGGGGCCUGACCCAGCCCCUCACCUCCCUCCCUGCCCACCCAGCCAGCCCCCCAUUCCACUGCACGCCCUCCACACCCAUGGACAUCAUCUUCCUGGUUGAUGGGUCCUGGAGUAUCAGCCACAGUCACUUCCAGCAGGUCAAAGACUUCCUGACAGUCACCUCCCUGCUGACUCCCCGGCAGCUGUGUGCAGAGUGGAGGGGUGGGCUCAGCACGUGCCCUGCCCCCAUGGCACCUCCCCUCCCAGGCCUGACUCAGUGCAGUGGAGAUCCCCAAACCGAGUGGGACCUCAACACCUUUGGCACCAAGGACGAAGUGCUGGCCACAGUCCACAUUCUCCGCUACAGAGGGGGAAACACAGUCACAGGCCUGGCCCUGCUGGAGCAGAACCUGAAGUCUGCCACCAGUUCCUAUCCAGAGGCGGCCAAGGUGGUGGUCCUAGUGACAGAUGGCAAGUCCCAGGACGAUGUCCGUGCUGCCGGCUGCAUCCUCAGGGACCUAGGUGUUGAUGUCUUUGCUGUGGGUGUGAGGAAUGCAGACGAGGGCAAGCUGCGGCUCCUGGCGUCCCAGCUGCUGGACGUGAUGGCCCCCAGUGUGCCGGACUUCCCCAGCUCAGCACACUGUGACACCUACCCGGCCGCCCUCCCACCGGAAUACACAGUGGUCUUCCUCCUGCACCUGUGCCCCGAGAUGCCCCGUGAGGCCUUCGCCCUGUGGCAGAUGAUGGCCGAGGACUUCCAGCCUACCCUGGGGCUCCUGCCGGAUGCCCACAGAAAAUCCCUGACCUACUUCAACCAUGUCCCCGGGGCCACCUUGCAGGAGGUCACCUUCAACCUGCCCGAAGUGAGGACCAUAUUCUUCAGGAGCUUCCACAAGGUGCACGUGGCCGUGAGCCGCUCCACAGGCAGACUGCACGUGGACUGUCGGAAGGUGGCUGAGAGGCCCAUCGGGGAGGCAGGCAGCCCACCCGCCACUGGUUUCCUCUUACUUGGGAGGCUGGCCGAGUCCCGGGGCCCCCAGGGCAGCUCUUCAGUGUUCCAGCUCCAGACACUGCAGACCAUGUGCCAUGCCCCCUGGGCAGAGGAGGACAAGUGCUGCGAGCUCCCUGCGGCGAAGGAAGGAGAGUCCUGCCCGGCUUUGCCUUCUGACUGCACCUGCUCCUCGCAGACCCCUGGGCCCCCUGGGCCCCAAGGACCUUGGCCACAUCUCACUGGUGUCCCCGGGAGGAGCGGAGCCCCAGGAGAGCGGGGCUUCCCAGGGCCCAGGGGAGAGCCUGGGCCACCUGGGUAAACAGCGCCUGAGGGUCCUGGAGGCCAGCAGGGGUCACCAGUGCCGGGCCGAACUGCGCAGGGACCCGUGGGUCCACCAGGGGUCAAAGGAGAGAAAGGGGUCCAAGGGCUCCCGGGCCUGCAGGGCCACCCUGGCCACCAGGGCUCCCCUGGGAAGGUCGGCCUCCAGGGACUGAAGGGAAUGCGAGGUCUGGCGGGCACUGCUAGCCUGCCCCGACCCCCUGGCCCCAGGGGCUUACAGGGCAUGGUGGGGGCCAGGGGGACCAGUGGGGAGCAAGGACCCCCAGGGGCUGUGGACCCACAGGGCUGCCGGGGCCCAGGGGGGGAGUGAGGAGAGAAGGGCGAGCCACAGCCACUGGCCACCAUCUACCAGCUUGUGCGCCAAGCCUGCGAGUCCACCAUCCAGAAACAUCCCCUCUGCUGCCCCAGGUGACCCUGCCCCUCCUCCCCGAGUGCUCCGGACACACGGAGGGCUGUGCGGGAGGAGCCUGAGGGGAGGGCACGGGCCUGGGAGCCUCCCUCCCCGCCAUGCCCACAUUCAGCUGCCCCGGCCCUGUGGCGCUGUAGCCUGUGCCCCUCCGGUGUGGACGACAUCGUCUGUUCCCUCCUGCAAGUACGUUACAGCCCCAGCACCACCGGGGUCAGGAGGCCGUGGCUCCCAGACCAGCUGGGCCCUGCCCCCUGGCACCCUGUCACGUGGGGUCUGGAGAGGCGGGUUGUGACCUUUGGGAGAAGGAGCAGAUUCCUCUGCCUCCCAGGCCUCUCCCUUCCACCCGGACCCGGCUCCCGGGGAGGAGCCCCAUUGCCCUCCCUCUCCUGCACCCCCAGCACAUGGAGCCUGAGCCCCAGAGUCAGGAGAACCCACCCCACGCCACCCUGGGGCAGCGGGGACACUGUUGGCACUGCCCAGAGCACCUGUGGGCCUCCCACUGCCUCAGCCAGGCAG